GCCUACGACACGAUUUGCUUCAACACAAAAUCCAGAAGAGACAACAGCCAAUGAAACUGUCCAAGAGAUACGUAACAAGCGAUUCAGUUCAAGAAAAAAGCGUGAAGGUUCUACAGCACAAACACCAAAACAAAGAGUGAUGAUGCAGUUUCUUUCAACAAUUAUAGACUAUGAUAAGCAGCAUAUAUUAUGGACAGAACCCAAAGAGCAUACAACAAUUACUAUUGAAUCAAUAGAGGAUCGCGUUUAUAAAGGAAAAUACAAAACCUUUGAUUCAUUUAAAAAUGACAUUGACGCCUUGUUUCUAUCUGUUGUGCCCAGUAUACAAUCAUCCAAAGAAGAAAUGAACACGUUUAAGCAGCUCUAUCAAUUUACUCAAGGCUGUUUAAAAUUUGAAUCUGAACGACUGAACGAGAACAUCCAAGAGGGAGAACGGAAUAUCUAUAAAGUAGUCGCUCUAUUUAGGCCUUCAGUAGAUGGAUAUGUAUUUAGUGAUACAACUAUCAAAGAACCAACAGCGCCAGCAAAUGACCAAUUGCGUAUGAUACAUCUUUUUGUUUAUAGUGAUUACAGCUCACCUUAUUUUCUAUAGCACAAAAUGUUCAUGAAAUGAUUAUUCAUCCAUCACAA